AUGUCUGUCUCCAAUCUCCAAGCUUGGGCUGAGAAUGAAGCAAAUGAAUUGAUGAAGAAGUAUGACAAAGACGGUGAUGGCAUGCUCAAUAAUCAAGAGUUACAAUUCUUUUUCCGUGAUGUUCGAGGAUCAACUCAACUCAACAAUCGAGAAAUUUUAUCUAAGAUCCCAAAGACAAACGACAACGCUGCACACAUGUUAAGCUCAAAUGCUCAUUCAAACUCAAAGAUAGAAAUACAAGACAAAGCUACAAAAUCCUCGACAAAAGUCCUUAGUGAAAAGGCAUCUCAUGUGCCACUUAGUAGAGAGCAAAUAAAGAAAAUUUUCAAAUAUUACAACAGCGACAAAGAUGGUUUUCUCAACAAAAGAGAGGUAACAAAAGCUUUUAGUUUUCUAGGCUCAAUUAAUCCAUAUUACAGGGCUCAAUACGCUUUGGAUUUUGCUGACGAUAAUAAUGAUGGUCUUAUCAGUGAAGAUGAGCUUGACAAACUCAUAGAUUAUGUCAGUAAAAUCAUCAAGAAGAAAUGA